AUGGAACAUCUUCGUGGCCUGCUUACAAGAUCCCUCGGUAAGAAGGUAACCUAUGAGCAACUGCUGGAAGCAUUGGAGACAAGAUAUAGAGACGCUCAUCUGGAGCACGUGCUUCGUGCGCAGCUGAAGGAUCGUGUCCAAUGCAUCGGUGAAAAAUUGCAACAAUGGGCCCUGGAAGUUGAGAAACGGGUCCGUAAGGCUUACCAGUCUGCACCUGCUCAUUAG